UAAAACGUUGAUAGAGAAAGGCUACUCCGCCGUUAAGGAGGUUGAUAAAACGUUGAUAGAGAAAGGCUACUCCGCCUAGGAGGAGGAUCGACGUGCCUUUGGGUACACUUAUGAGUGAUUGAGUGAAAGCAGUGUGUAAAAGUGUCACCAAGUGGAAUCAGCGCACAGAGUGGAAACCUAACGGUGAUAACAAAAACUCUGUGGUCUGUUGAAGUACACGUAGUGGUGAAUUAGGAAUUAUAUUCUGACCGGCACGUUGUCCAGUAGGAACACCAAGCUAGAAUCAUGGGGUCCAAUGGGAGUAAGCCUGCCGCUACAGGGGACAUGAGAUAUAUGGAAAUAUAUAGUCAUGGCAGCACCAGUUAUUGUAGCAAAUGGUAUAAACUGUACGGCUUCCGAGGAAAGUUGGAGAAAACAGCAGUAAGAGAAUUAAGCGACAAAUUGAGAGCAGCAACAGCUGGAACAACACAAGGCAAGAAAAGAAAGAAGUUAGAAGCUCAACUGCGAGUUGCAGCUUUAUGGGCUGAACAAGCCCAUAAAAGGACAGGUGAAGCAGAAGAAGGUAUGAUAGCAGCGGCUGUUUCAGUGAAAGCAGACGAGGAGACAGGGCGUUCAGGGUCAGUUGACGCUGUACGCCGCGAGAAAGAGAGAGCGAUAGUGGAAGAACACAAAGCGCAGGAACAAAGAAUAAAAAGAAAGCAAGAGAAAGAGAGAAAAGACAGGGAAAGAGAGACACAAAAACGCAUCGACAUAGAAAUGGCAGAUGCAUUAAGCCCACUGCACACCAGAAAAAAUAAGGGGGAAACCAAGUUAUAUCCUGUUGAAGAAUUAAGAGAAGCAGAACAAUCCUUCGAUGGAACAGCAUAUCAGGGUGAUGCUUAUCCAUUAGUACAUGCAGCAACCCAGAUCAAAGAAAAAAGACAUAAGAAAGCGUCAGCAUCAGCUUUCUUCAUAGGAGAAGAUGGGGAAGAAAAUCAGAUUUUCUUUGUGGGACCAGGACAGGGGAGAGGCGGGUUUAACAGAGGACGAGGGAAUGAUAGAGGAACAGGCAGAGGCAGAGGAGGAGGCAGAAACACAGAAGGCAAAUUUCUCUGCUACAGGUGCGGAAAGGAGGGGCACAUGGCGAGAGACUGUGAGGAACAGAGACCACAGAACAAAGAAGGGGGACAAAAGGGACAGUACAAAGACGAAAGACAUGGCCCCCCCCCUUCACAUAACCUACAUAGUUAUGACAACUGACUAGACGUAGAAAAGGAAGAAGAGGACGUCCACACACAUCACAUUGACCUUUCUGAAGUAUUCAGAAUAAACAACAAGAUAGUACUCCCUGUUAGUCUCUAUUAAACAGCAGCUCAUUUGAGUCAUGGGCCGUGCCAUGUCUCAACAGGAGGGGAUGGUGACAAUAAUAAAUGAACACUUCCAUACAUACAACUAUAUUACAUUUUCUAAAAACUUUUGUAGAGCCUGUGUAGUAUGUUGCAGACAAUGCUCAAGGCAAUGAGCGACCACAGAGAGGAAAGUAGAAAUAUGCAUGAGAAUCACACCCACGGCAAAAGGGUUGUCUCCCUUUGAGAUCAUAACAGGAAGGCAAUUCAGACUACCAAUCACAGACGAGGUGAGGGAGGAGGAUGAUGCUGAGGCAGAGACUACA